AUGGUUCGAAUACUCUCUGUGCGAAACUCAUAUUCGCAUGGUUCGGUGCUUGCGCGUGCAAAGUCCUGUGGCGUGGAUAGUAUUAUUACAGCUUGGCACAAAACUGUUGUGCAACUGUUUGGCCUGGUGUCCUUCAUGAUGACGGUCAACGAACUGUCCAACUAUCUGCAAGAGCAUCAGUCCUUCCCGACCUCACGCUACAAAAUUCAUUACGACCUUGGCUUCUACGCCGCCAUACUUCUCUUCAUCGCAACCAACAUGGCUGCCGUUAUUACGUCAUUCAAUUUGGAUGGAGAGAUCGGCAGAGAUAGAGAGAAUGGCUUAUUUGAGUGA